CUAGUGCGCGCGCAUGGAUUGUGACGCGGCAGUCUGCGGCCGUUUCUUCAAUGAUGGCCUGCGUUGGUUGUACAUAACACCGGCGCGGAAUGACAUAUGGGCAGCGAUGCUCCUCGCCCAAUUGUUGUGCGCGAGGUGGACGUCCCAGAUUCCGUGCAGGACCAGCCUUUUCUCUCGAAGCUGUUCUGCAAAAAAGAAUGGCGGAGCGCCGCCGCUUUUCCUACAGAGCCCUGAAGUGGACCAGGCAGCGCGCUACCCCCCGCAGACACUGUUCAGGGGUGGCGGGGCUCCCUCGUGGUGGCGGUGCCCCGACCCGGGGCCCGCCCUUUAUUUUCUCCUUCCGCGCUGUGCGCCGGGUUUUGCCUCGGCGGGCCGUUUCUCCGGCCCGUGCUAUUAUUUGGACGGCCGGCGCGAGGCACGACGGACGGCCCGGGGCUGCCUGCAGUGG